AUACGUUAUGGCUGAACAUGGCUUGAUGGAAAUUAUCGAUGCGCACUACAGAUCAGACAGAUUAAUCUCACGUGGAGUCACAGAUCGUUCACCACAAUGCAGCUGAAUACAAAAGAGUUCGAUUCUUUAUUUACUGACGGACUGGUUGGUCUAGCAGAAAUAUUUGAAAAGAACCAGUUUGAGCUGAGGAUUGCCGGUGGUGCAGUACGGGAUCUUCUGUCAGGAAAAUGGCCUGAAGAUGUGGAUUUUGCCACCACAGCCACACCAGAGGAAAUGAAGAAAAUGUUCCAGACAGCGGGGAUCAGGAUGAUAAACAACAAAGGGGAGAAACAUGGCACCAUCACUGCAAGGCUUCAUAAUGAGAACUUUGAGGUGACCACUUUGCGAGUGGAUGUACAGCCCGAUGGGCGGCAUGCAGAGGUGGAGUUUACCACUGACUGGCAGAAAGAUGCAGAACGUAGAGACCUCACCAUCAACUCCAUGUUCCUGGGGCUGGAUGGGACUUUGUAUGAUUAUUUCCAAGGAUAUGAGGACCUCAAGAACAGGAAAGUGAAGUUUGUUGGCAGUGCCUCACUACGGAUCCAGGAGGACUAUCUUCGAAUUUUGAGAUAUUUCAGAUUCUACGGACGAGUGGCAGCUGAGCCCAAACAACAUGAACCUGAGACUUUGGAUGCAAUCAGAGAGAAUGCCAAUGGAUUGGCAGGGAUCUCAGGAGAGCGGAUCUGGGUUGAACUGAAGAAGAUGCUUGUUGGAAACCAUGCCGGUCACCUUCUUGAGCUCAUCUAUGAGCUGGAUCUGGCCCAGUACAUAGGUCUUCCAGCAGAUGGCAAUGUUGGAGAGAUGAAGAAGAUCUGGCAGAGGGCUCGUGAGAGCUCUCUUAAACCCAUGACUAUCUUGGCAUCUCUAUUCCGAAACCAGGUUGAGAUAGAGAGGAUGGAUCUGCGACUAAAGCUUUCCAGACAAGAGAAAAACCUGGGCCUCUUCUUGGUUAAACACAGACGAGACCUUGUUAAGGGGAUAGAUGCACAUGAAUGCCUUAAACCAUACACGGAUUUCAUAAUUGAUUCCCGAGAGCCAGACACCCAGAGUAAAGUCCUGGAGUUACUAAAGUACCAGGGAGAAAAGAAGCUCUUUGAUGAGCUACGCAGGUGGUCCAUCCCUCACUUCCCAGUCAGUGGGCAUGACCUGCGCAAGCUGGGUAUUACCUCGGGUAAGGAGAUUGGCACUAUCCUGCAAGAGCUUAGGGACACGUGGAAGAAUAGCCGCUAUCAGAUGAGCAAAGAGGAACUCCUGGCAACUCUGAACAGAUCCUGAUAUAAGUCAAAAGAACACACUAGUAUCAAAACUGCUUAUGUCUCUACAUGCACAUGCUAUAGCCUAAUGCAUCAAGAGUCAUUUUUGCAUGCAGAAGAAGCUCUUCCUUCCCACCUCAAUUGAGUCUAUUGUGGAGAGAAAUGAAACCAUCAAGGCUGUCUUUUGGCUCUUAAUAUCAUUUAUAACUUUGUUCUGUGGCUCAUGAAUACAAAGUUGCCUAAGGUUUACGACUGUCAUAAGUUGUGAAGGUUGCUGUCUUGUGUAUCUGUGGUUGCUUUGUGUUUUGCUUGGUUUUCAGGACGCAGACAAUGGCUUGGAGCUUGGCGCCAUGAACGUUGCCAGAUUUAGAACAGUGUAAUAAAUGAAGCUUUUACCCAGUCUUUGAGCCACAGGCAUUGUAAACACUCAAAAUGUUCUGUCUGCUGUUUAAACUAUUCAUAGAAUUCAUGGAACCUUUACUUUGUAAAUGGGGAUUUAGUUUGUCAUAUCAUUAUCGAAUAUUAUUCAUUAAUACGAUCAAAGUCCAAAAUUCGUUAUUUUCUUCAUUUGAUGCAGGAUUUGUCCUUUGAGAGUAGUGAAUUGGUGUAAUUAUUAUACUAAAGGAUAAUUCUGUCUGAGAUGAGCUAUGAUUUUUCUCAAGAAGCCAUAGCCAUGGUUUCAAUAUGAGGAUUUUUUUCCUUUUCUUUUGUCAACAAUUUCAUGGUUGUUAAAAGGUUAUGUAACCAACUCCCCAGGUGUAUACUUAGAAAUAAAGU